UAUACUUUCUUUUCAUCAACCUAAGCACGUCUCACUGUCAGCAGCAGGUCGUCACCAUCGGGGCCAGCUCUGAUCCAGGAUUCAUCUUGUCCAAGUACUGAAGCUGGACAUCUGCUGGACCAGCCUGAAACACGCCUCACUUCUUCCAUCCACCUCCUCUCUCCCGCAUGCUGCCUCUCAAAGCUAGCAUGCUGCCUCUCUGGAUGUUGGGCCUCCUCGUGCUCAUGUUUUCACCGUGUGAUGCAGACAGUGGAUGCCCCGAUGUGCUCAGCCUGGAUCCGCCUGAGGUUCUGGCAGAAUAUGGAGAGUUGGUGACUGUCAGCUGUUCCAGUGCAGAAAAUGAUUAUGAUGGGAUGUACUGGAGGGUUGGAGACAGAGAAUUUCCAGUAGAAAAUAGUGCACCCUGGUCAUUUAAUCUGACAGAUUGGAAUGUGACUGCAGAGUGCAUAUUAAAGCUGAAUGACACUCAUAACUGCAGCAAAGACCUUAACAUCACUAUAUACAAGAAUCCAGAGAGCGUCAGUGUGUUUCCUACAAAGUAUGAACCUGCAGUGGAAGGGAGAGAGUACGUGCUGCAGUGUGAUGUCGACAAUGUCGCUCUGGUUCAAUACUUGACUGUGAGGUGGUACAGAGGCAAUGAGACCAUCAGGACAGACUAUUCCACACACAAAACCAAAACACUAGUAAGUGAGUCCUUCCCUCUGGCAGCCAACUUCAGCAGAGGAAAAAGUGGAACUCAGGUUAGAUGUGAGGCCCAGCUGGACUUUGGGCAACAUGGAUCACAACCUCCUGUUAUUUCAAACGUACACACUGUUUUUGUGCACUAUGCCCCUGAGCUCAAGAACAAAAUGGAAGAUGUCGAUGUGUACGAGGGUGAUAAUGUCACCCUGUACUGUGAAGCUGAGGGGAACCCUGCUCCUGCCUUUCAUUGGUCACUCGAUGGGGUGAAUUUAAUGAAGAGCACCAAUUACCUCAACAUAACUCAAGCAAAAGGCGCAAUUUACAACUGCACAGCUACCAAUAAACUGGGAAGCACAACUAAGCAAAUCCACGUCCAUGUGGUGAAAAUUAACAUAAUGGGAGCCCCCGCAGCCAUAACCACCCCUGAGCCAUCAACACCAAGAAGUUGCCCCCUAGUAUUGACUCCUGCUGAAAUCGUGGUGAGAUUUGGGGAUCCGGUCUCAGUUAACUGCAGCACAUCGGUCACAGGUGUUUCCCAAAUGGGCUGGGAGGCUACUUCUGGGACCAUGAGUUCUACUGAUAAUGUAACCACCUGGAAAGUUGAAAAAGUGGAAGAAUGGGUCGCAAAACCUUUGUGCUACCUUAAUUGGAAAUAUGGCCAGUGCGAUGUGAUGCUAGACAUCACCGUUUAUAAGACUCCAGACAAUGUGUCAGUCUCUGCGUUGGAUCAGGGGCCGAUGGUGGCGGGCACAGAGUACCGGCUGAAAUGUAACAUCUCCAACGUGGCUCCUGUGCAGAAGCUCAAACUGAGGUGGUACCGCGGCAAUGAAACUGUGCGCACAGAGAUGUUUAAUGGCACCGCAGAGACCCCAGUGAAUGUGUCCUCUACCUUGAGAGUCACACCUGAGAGAGAUCACGACGGAGCACUCUUCAGAUGCGAGGCUGAGCUGCACCUGGGACAAAAUGGAUCAGAGCUCGGCCCUACUGUAACCUCAUCACCAUACACGGCUGUUGUGCACUAUGCCCCUGUGUUCGACGGAAGCUACAGUAAGAAGGUGAACGUGACCCUGGGGGACAAUGUGACUUUUAACUGCAGUGCUGAUGGCCACCCUCCCCCUGAGAUCAAGUGGACCUACGGUUCUGAAGCGAAUGUGACGGUGACCACCAGGGGGCGCCAGAAGAGUAUCACUGUCACAGGAGCCACGUCUACCAAUGCUGGCGCUUACGUCUGCAAUGCCAACAAUACAGUUGGGGUUGCGACAAGAACUGUCAUACUGGUGGUGAAAGAUAGGCCUAACCAAAGUGCAGCCGGUGUCACAGUCAUUUGGUGGUUGCUGAUUCUAUUGGCCAUCGUCUUCAUCCUCAUCAUCAUCAUCAUCAUCUUCAUCUUUGUCCACCGCUCGAAAAAACGAGGACAAUAUACUUUUGUCCCAGGCCAAGGUCAUGAUUCAGUUAUCCCGAUGACUCCUCAGUCCAACGGGGUGAAAGUUUAGGACAUACAGUAGCCUAUAGUACUUGCUGAAUCAAUCAGCUUGGAGAAUGAAAACUUAACCAGAUGAUUGUGAUUUGUCCUGCUUGGCAAAAAUGACAUGUAAAUAUAUUUACAUUUUAACUUUGGUAUGGUACGAUUUUAGGUUUACAUCAGCAAAGACAAAAAAAAGUGCAUUUUAUUUUGUAUUUAUAGGACUUUAAAGUAACCUAGCUUUUGUUUUUAAUUAUUAAUACAGUAGCCUGUGUUAAUAUGUUGUAUGUGUAUUUGGAAACGGUGUACAAGCUACUUUGUAAUGAUCAUCUUUGCAUUGUCCUCUUGAAAUGUUUGUCACAUUAAAGUAACAUUGUACAACUACAUAAUAAACAUAAAGAAAACGGGACAGGGGUGACUGCCAUGAAUAAUUUUGGGAAGAAUAUUGUAAAAGUCAUAAUUUGAGAGAAAUA